AUGCAGCGACAGUAUUUACGACCCAGUGAACGUUAUCCAGUUCCACUUAACGAAAACUUUUGGAUAAAUAUCAUAUACGCCAACAGCACUGGACGAAGUGCUGCAGUUGCACAUGAGAUGGAUCAAAUAUAUGCGUCGAAUGUUGCCGCUGAAGUUGAGAAAGCUCUCCGAGAGAACAAGGAAAAUAUAGAUAGUGCUCUUAUGAAACAGAUAGCACCCUCAGCGGUAAAUAUUACGGGAAUUCAGUACGAAAAUUUGAUAAGCUUGAGUUUCGACCACGACGAAUUAAUAAGACAGGAAGAAAAAAGAAGAAGACGGAUGCGUGAAAAGAUCAUCAAUACUGCAUUCAAAAAAGAAUGA